CCAAAAUAUUCACACUCGUCGGCUCACAAGUCACAACCAAAUAAAAGGGUUUUUCUCUCUCCUUUGCCCUCACAACCCUUCUCUUUCCCCUUCUUUGCUCUUGCGGCAGAAGGGAGAAGCUCAAAUCUCUCCCCCUCCAAAUCCUCUCUCUCUAGAAAAACAUACACCUUAAGUAUAUCUCUCUUUCUAUCUCCAUCUCUAUAGAGAGAGCCCGUCCUUGGUUCGAAGCUCGCGACUUUGAAUCGUAAUUCCUUUUUUUUGCGUUGGGCGUUUUCUUUGAAUCGAACGGCGGCGACAGAGGUAUUAUGCAGGCUGAUCAGACGGUGCUGAGCUUGAGACCUGGUGGAGGCGGCAAUCGAGGGAGCAGAGGUGUCCUUGGCCCCCGUUUCGAUUCCUCUUCUUCAGAUCUUCCUCUCCUUCGUCCCCAUGGCGGUGCCGGUGCUUCUCCCUCUUCUUUCUCUCUCAAGACUGGAGAUUAUCGGUUUGAGGGUCGUGAGCGCGUUCGGUACACUCGGGACCAGCUGUUACAACUUAGGGAGGUAGGUAAUGUCCCUGAUGCUAUACUGAAAAUCAAACAAGAAGUUGAAGCUGAAUUUUUUGGUGAAGAUCAAAACUGGGGUCAUGUUGAAAGCACUCCGCAAAUUCAACCUCCAACUCGUUAUACUGAGCCAGACAAUCGUGACUGGCGUGGUCGGUCAGCACCAAUCCCUACAUCUGGAGAGGACAAAUCCUGGGAUGCUACUCGAGAAAAUAGAGAGUCUGGUAGCUGGUUUGACUCCAAACAACAGGAACCAAUUCAACAUAAUCGCCAAGACCAACUCAAUUCACAGUUUGCAAGGGGAGGGCCUGCUCCUGCUCUAAUCAAAGCUGAAGUGCCAUGGUCAGCUGGAAGGGGGACACUCUCUGACAAGGAUCGUGUCUUGAAGACUAUAAAAGGGAUACUGAAUAAGCUGACUCCAGAGAAGUUCGAUCUCCUAAAGGGUCAGCUAAUUGAUUCUGGGAUCACAACGGCUGAUAUUCUGAAGGGGGUUAUCUCCUUGAUUUUUGACAAGGCAGUGCUGGAACCAACUUUUUGUCCCAUGUACGCCCAGCUGUGUUCAGAUCUCAACGAAAAGCUCCCUCCAUUCCCAUCUGAAGAACCUGGCGGAAAAGCAAUCACUUUUAAGCGGGUCCUCCUGAAUAACUGUCAGGAGGCAUUUGAAGGUUCUGACCAACUUAAGGCAGAAGCUAGGCAGAUGACUGCUCCUGAUCAAGAGUUGGAACGUAGAGACAAAGAAAGAAUGAUCAAACUCCGCACUCUUGGAAAUAUCCGUCUAAUUGGUGAGCUUUUGAAGCAGAAGAUGGUGCCUGAAAAGAUUGUUCAUCACAUUGUUCAGGAGCUUUUAGGGACUGAUAGUAAGAUCUGUCCUGAGGAGGAAAAUGUAGAGGCCAUAUGUCACUUCUUCAACACCAUUGGUAAACAGCUUGAUGAGAGUCCCAAGUCAAGGCGAAUUAACGAUUCGUACUUCAGCAGAUUGAAAGAAUUGUCAGCAAAUCCCCAGCUGGCUCCACGAUUAAGGUUCAUGGUUCGCGACGUUCUUGAUCUCCGUUCGAAUAAUUGGGUUCCAAGACGUGAAGAGAUUAAAGCCAAAACCAUCACUGAAAUCCAUUCAGAGGCAGAAAAGAAUCUUGGGUUACGACCUGGUGCUACAGCAAGUAUGAGAAAUAACCGGGGAACUGUUCCUGGUGGACAGGGAAGUAUCAGUCCUAUCAGCCCUGGGGGCUUCCCUAUCAAUCGAAUGAUGCCCGGAAUGCCUGGAGCUAGGAAAAUGCCUGGGAUGCCCGGUAUCGAUAGCGACAAUUGGGAGGUUCCAAGGCCUCGUUCAAUGCCGAGGGGUGAUAAUAUACAACCCAUUCAGCCCGCCCGUCAGCCUCCUUUAAUUGGCAAAUUGCCAUCUUUGAACUCAAAAUUUCUUCCUCAGGGUAGUGGGGCCCUCAUAGGUGGUACUAGAACUAGUGCUCUGUUGCAAGGCAGUGGCACUCCUGUCCGCCCUCCUACCUUGGGUUAUGUGGCGGAUCCCACAUCUCAAGUCACUGGCCCUGUCAGAGCUGCUCCACCAGCUGCUGAGAAAAUAAUCCCCCCUUCUGUACGGUCAAACUCCGAAGUUCUUCAAAAACAGACGAUCUCUCUUCUGGAGGAAUACUUCAAUGUUCUGAUAUUGGAUGAAGCAUUACAGUGUGUGCAGGAAUUGAAUUCCCCAGCUUACCACCCUGAGUUUGUCAAAGAAUCCAUUUCCCUUGCCCUUGAGAAAAGUCGUCCCUCUGUGGAACCAGUUGCGAAACUUCUAGAGUACUUGUUUGCAAAGAAGGUCCUUUCGGCUAGGGAUAUAGGGACUGGUUGUUUGCUCUAUGGUUCGAUGUUGGAUGAUAUAGGCAUCGAUUUGCCGAAGGCGCCUAGCAAUUUUGGUGAGAUUAUGGGGAGACUCAUUUUGGCUGGUGGGUUGGAAUUCAAAGUGGUAAAGGAGGUCUUGAAGAAGAUGGAGGAUGAUAUGAUUCAGAAAGCAGUAUUUGCCGGUGCAAUGAGGAUUGUUACUUCUGUUCCUUCUGGGGAAAAGGUGUUGGUUUCACAGGCAUCUGAAAUCAAAGAAUGUGAGAGCCUAUUCUAGGUAACCACAUUGAUACGACGACUUCUGUAAUCUCGUUUAGGGAGCGUUUGGUGCUCUCUUUCUGAUUUUUCUUGCAAUUUCAUUUCCAUUUUAAGCCCGUUCUUUACAGUCAAAACUGUAUUACAUGUGAUAAAAGGUGGAGCCGCUAGAGGAACAGGUGAUUUCUAUUUUUGAGCUGUAUAUUAUCCCGAGGUUAUAGACUCUGUUCAAUAGGGAGAGAGGAAAAAACAUAAAAGCCUUGGAUUUUGUUCUCUGAGUGUGGCCAAUUGUGCGCCAUUGCUCGAGGUGAAUGGCCCUUUUUGGGACCCUGUUGUUUUAUAUUUGAUUAGUUUUGUUC